AUGCGUUCCUUUGCUUCUCUCACUUUACUGGCGCUCUCUGUCAGCUUUGGUGCUGUUCAAGCCUCUCCUGCACCUGCUGAGACUUCAUCGUCGAGCUGUGCUGCACAGAAUAUCCUUGACGCAUGUCUGUCAUCAACGCAGCCACAGCUGCAAGCCUGUGCCCAAAACGACUGGAAAUGUCUCUGCGAGCAGAGCACAAAUGUCUUGACCUGCUACAACAAUUGCCCCGGUGAUUCCGGUCAAUUCGGCGCCCAACAGACCAAGGAAUCAUACUGCAACGCUGCCAAUGCCUACGCUCCCAGUUCGUCUACCACUAGCACUGCCGCCACGAGCACGGGCAUCGAGACAUCUAUUGCUGUUGCAAGCACCGCUUCCGGCUCUAAUGCUGUCGCUACAGGCGGCUCUGGAGCUUCUGUCACUUCUGGUGGUUCUUCUGCAACUGGCACUGCGUCUGGUAGUUCCGCUACGGAGACUGCUAAGAGCGCCGGUUCCGCUUUUGCUAUCAACAGCGGCAGUUUGUCGGCGGCCUUGCUUCUAGCGAUGGGUUUUGCGUUGUAG